AUACCUCAUCCCCAUGUCCACAGAGCACCUCCUAGGAGACAUAGGCGCGGUCCUCACAGCGUUUAUCGCCUCCGAGGACCACCCAAGACGAGAGGCUGAGGCGCACCUCCAAAGGCUGGCAGUCGAGCAGCCCGCUGAAGUCCUUCUCGUACUCGCUCAGGUGGGGGCACAGGGUGUAGGAGGUUUUCAGCUCGAUCACCGUCUUCUCGCCCUAAUUCUUCUCAAGCGUAUGGCAUUCAAACCAUUGGAAGGACUUUUUCUCAAUCCUCAAAGUCAGAAACCAGCAGCUCCAUUUGAUGUAGUCCGUGAAACCAUUCGUGGGCGGAUAGAGACCGUCAUAUGUGCUGGCAUCAAAGAUGAAAUGGACGUCAGAAUGAGAAAAGGCCUAGGAGCAUGUGCUGCCAACUGGGCGCAUGAAUGCGCAAUCAGACACCGCCCAUUGUUACCUCUUCCACCGGUCCUCCUUGAACUUACAGCAUCUCCUCACCCCUUUCACCGCUUCACUCCAUUCCAGCUUCUAGACCUGACGCCCACACUACUAGUUGACUCUGUCAGGGACCCUAUCCCUGCUGAGCAAUUAGCGCAGAUGUUACAGGCCGGGCUGAACGACCCUAGCGUAGAUGUGAGAGUUGAAGCCAUGAAAGCUGUCAGGAGUGUCCUGAUGGAGGGUGUGACGGGCUCGGAGAGGAGCGAGAUUGGGGCGAACCUGGUUCUCCAUUCUUUCGAAACUCUCCGUAAUCUACCACCCGCACUGGUAUCUCAUGCGUUGAUUCCACUGGUCGACCUUGCAUCCGCCCACCCCAGUCUAUUCAUGACAUCUCUCAAUCCCAUUUUAUCAUCCCUCCUGCCACUCCUUGCUCCUCCUGCGCAAGAAACUAAUUUACCACCUUUCCAAUUUUCUCCAUAUCCUCCACACAACAUGACUUUUGAUGAGUGGGAAGAUAUUUCCAAUCCUGCUACAGAAAUCAUCUUAUCGUUGACGGAAUUGCGACCGUCACAUAUAUCUGAAUGGGAAAAUGGGAGAGCAGUAAAGGAGAUGAUUGGUUUAUUGCUGGCAAGGCAGGUGGUGACAUUCGGAAACGAUUCCCAAGAAUGGUUAGAGACCAAAGAUCUGGAUGCGGAGGCAGACGAGUAUCCUGUACUUGCAGAAGAGAGUCUUAGUCGUUUAUCAAUGGCUCUUGGGGGUGAACUCGUCUUGCCCACACUAUCACAACAAGUCCAGGCGCUUCUCCAACAAGAAGACUGGCGUUGUCGAUUUGCUGCCAUCUCUGGUAUCUCUAGCAUAGCCGAAGGCUGUCUCGAUGAGCUGCAAGCUGGUUUGCGUGAAGUUCUUGCUAUGCUUUCUUCAGCAGCAAAAGAUCCUCAUCCACGGGUGCGAUACGAAUUCCUGCAAUGUCUUGGCCAACUGUCUGCCGAUCUUGAGGGAGCUCUGCAAGAGAAUUUCGCCGAUGAUGUCCUGCAAAUCUCUUUGGCCUUACUUGACGACCCUGUUAUGAGAGUCCGUUCGCAUUCAGCGGCAUCACUUACAAACUUUUUUCAAGAAGCAAGUCCUCGUCAUUUUGAAAAAUACCUCGAGCCCGUCGUUUGUGGACUCUUGAAUCUCUAUCAAAGUCAAGUCUUGUACGCGCAAGAUCAGGCCCUUGCUACUUUGGCUACGGUGGCUGCUGCGGCCGAAAAGAUGUUUACGCCCUUCUACCGUAAUAUCAUGGACCUCUGUUUCAUGAUACUUUCAAAUCCUGUAAUUACCGAUGUAGCGCAACGCAAGCUUCAAGGAAGAGCUAUGGAGUGCGGUACCUUGCUUGGUAUGGCGGUGGGCAAGAAUACAUUUGGCACCGACGCCGUCAAACUGUCACAGUUGAUGAUCACCAUUCAAAAUCAAAUAGUCGACGCAGAUGAUCCUCGCUCAGGCUACCUAAUGGAUGCAUGGUCAAAUGUCUGCCAAUCACUGGGUGCAGCGUUCGAACCUUUUCUGCAAUACGUGGUGCCGAACCUGCUCAAGACGGCGUCUUAUAAGCCUUCUGACUCUUCAAACGAGACGGGGGAAGAUGAUACCGGCGGUGCGCACACAUAUGAAAUUGAUCAGAAGAUCAUGGCAUUUGAGAGCUUGACGACGUAUGCUUUCCAGAUGCGGGGGAAAUUUGCACCUUGGUUGGCACCGUGCAUGCAGCUGAGCUUGAACGAGCUGAGCUGUUCAUUCUCCGAGGACGUGAGAGAAGCCGCUGCAUUCUUGGUACCGGGACUUCUCCAAGUCGCAAAAGACUCCAAAGUGUGGGCGGACGCGCCGUACAAUCUUACCCAAGUCUUUCAACAGCUUGUCAAUGUAAUUGUCAAGACUGACGAUAUCGGUUAUACCGCUCUACUGUAUAAAUCAUUCACCGAUUCCCUCCAUGUGAUUUCCGCCCCGUUCCCUGCCGAGCUCACGACGCAACUUUUAAAAUCGGGACAUGCCGUGUUGCACACCAUUGCCCAGACACGGGCGGACCGCGAGGCUCAAGAGCCAUACAUGGACGAGUCGGAUAAAGAGAUUUAUCUUGAAGAGCAAAAUGAGGAAGAGGCGUGUUUGACACAGUUGAGAAAAGCGCUGGAGAUGGUUAUCAAGGUGGGGGAUUCGAAUGCGGGUACGGAACAGGGAGCGUUGGCGAAUGGUUUGAGGGAAGAGUUGCAAGGUGCGCUAGAGAUGGUGAGAGAGGUCAAGAAGAGGGGUAUGAAGGGUGAUGGAGAAAAGAGGUUUGGUUGAAAUAGCUAAUAUAUCACGUCUUGACGAGAACGAAUUAGUUUUUAUAAUUAAAUACCAGUUUUAUAUCAACUGUAGUCUGGGGAAUU